AUGCAAGCCUCAGCAACAGCACAUGAUGGGUCGGCCAAGGGCAAGGGCAGCUCUGGGGCAGCAGCGACCGAUGACAGCUCGUCGCGAGUCGCUCACACUCUGACGGCAUGUUCGAGAUGCAGACAGCGCAAAACACGAUGCGACCCUGGUCUGCCACGCUGCGGACCCUGCGAGCGGACAAACUCGGUGUGCGAAUACUGGGACCCGGCCAAAGGAAAGAACGUCAACCGCGACUACGUCGUCUACCUACAACAGCGAGUGCGCCAACUCGAGCUGGAGCUGGAGAAGGUCGAGAACGAUGAAGGACAUGACGACCCCGAGGUCAUGGUGCGCAGCGGUGCCGGCGUCAAGCUGCAGGAGCACGACGAGACAAAAUACCUGGGUCCGUCCAGCGGCACUCAGAUCACCCGCCUGGUCAUGCAGCUGGCCAAGCACUUUACAGACUCAAAGUCCAUCAAGGAGAUUGUCAACGAGAGCAAAGCCCGCCAGGUCAAGGCCCUCUACGCUGAAGAGGCCUCCAAGCCCACCUCCAAGAUCUAUCCCCUGACCAGUGAUGUCGCCGCCGAGGACCUCCCCAACCGCAGCCUGACCGACCUCCUGAUCCAGCUAUACAACCUCAAGGUCCAGCCCAUGUACCCUGCCCUUCACGAGCCUUCAUUCGCCAAGGAUGUCGAUGUUGUCUAUAGUGGCAGUCCUGAUCCUUAUCAGAAUUACAUCGUCCGCAUGGUCAUCGCCAUCAGUUUGCAAAAGAUGGACACCCAAUACGCUGGUCUUGCCGACAGCUACUACCUGGCUGCCUUGCAGUACCUGACUCCUGUCAUCCGUCCUAUGGACCUGAGGACCCUCCAAGCUUUCGCCAUGAUCGCCGAGUAUUCUCUGUUGACUCCUACUCGAACUGCCAUCUACUAUGUCAUGGGUCUUGCUGUUCGUCUCUCUCAGUCGCUUGGCAUCAACGAGGAACGCACCAUCACUCGCACUCAAUCUGGUGGUAAAGCCGAUUGUCUCGAAGUUGAUAUGCGCCGUCGCCUUUUCUGGUGCACAUUUGUCAUGGAACUCGGUUUGUCUCAUGCUUUGGGCCGUCCAUCCAUCCUGGCCACACACCAGGAUCACAUUGACGUCGAGUUCUUCGAGGCCGUCAGUGACGAAUACAUUACGCCUGAAGGUAUUCUUCCUGGUGCUCCUAGGCCAAACUUGAAAAAGUGGAUCGCCAUUCAUUUCUUUAAAAUGCGCAUGCUUCAACUCGAAAUUCGAAGAAAACUGUACCAGAAGAAGAGACCAACACCCAAGGACGACAAAGACAUAUGGUUCUUGCAGAUGAACGCAAAACUUGAGUCCUGGAGAGACGCCAGUCCGACAAAGGAUGAAGGCAGCGGUCUCAACAAAGUUUGGUUCAUUGGAAGAUACAAUACCAUGAUUGUCUUCCUGUAUAGGCCAUCGCCACAGGUACCCAGACCAUCUGUAUCUGCCGCCUUGAAAGUCUUUGAAGCUUGUCGGUACAACAUCUACCUACAAAGAGAGCAGAUAACCAUGGGCAACGUCGAUCUGACAUGGAUUUUCACUCAAGCAAUCUUUAUGGCCAUUAACAGUCUUCUGUGGUCGUUGUCCUUCGCUGAGGUGCGCAAGCAGAAUCCCAGACAAGACGUGCAAAAGCAUUUGCAAACUGCAAUGGAAGCUAUCCGACUCGGUUCAGAACGCUGGCCUGGUGUUUUGUCAGCUAUUGAGCUAUACCAUGAUCUGAUCUCAGCAAUCUUGAAGGCCUACGACAAAGACGGCGACAUUCCACUUCAAGAGGCUACUCCAUCUGACAGCGCUUCUCCUGGAGGAAAUCCUUACUCACCAAAUGCCAGUCAUUCGCGAGGCGCGAGUCCUGGAACAAUCUCGACUGUUUCAAUAGCCACACCUCCAGAGAGGAUCCCCUCCUUUGGCACUUUCCACAACACGAGUGUCGAGCACCCUCCACCAAUGCCGUACCAGCCAUCCGAGCACCCGAACGUGACGCCUCCAGUUUAUCAGAAUAAUCAAGCGCCACAAUCUAUACCACGCAUCAGCGGCCCAGAAAUCUCGCCGGGCGCAUAUCAGACGACACAAACUAAUCAGUCAUCAUAUUUCCAGCCUCUUCCCGCCAACUUCCCAGAACUACCAGGAGCUAACUGGGGCGCACAAUACAACUCUUCAGGCCAGAGAGGAACUCCCCCUUCCUAUAGCCCAUACGGCUUGUCUCCCUCUAGCAAUGGAUUGGCACCGCCUACUUCCUAUCCGGCAUCCUCGCCCCUCUAUGGACCAGGGGAUCCAGCCCAGCAAACUGCUGAGAAUCUGAUGGCCAAUCCUGGUUUUUGGGGACAAGACAUGUCACAAUUCGGCUCCGGUCUCGAUCAUGCUCAACAAACCGAACUUAUGCAUUCAUUGGAGACUUCUGGCAUGGAAGACAUCCAGCACAUGAUCAGUAACACUUUGCGUGCAUUCGGCCAGAGACCGCAGAAUGGUUGA